GUACUCUUCUCGCAUAUACCCUAGUAUCUACUUGCGUAUUGGUCCUCCGUUAUCAGCCGCAUUCUACGAACCUGAUAGAACUGUUGCCACAGAGCAUGCGAACUCCUGUUGAUCCUGAGGGCACCGCCAGCGCCAACCGCGAGACAACUUUCACUGCACACGGACAACCACACAUCAUGCCACCCAGCCAGCGCAUAAUGGUUCGUCGUGUAACCAGAAGUUCGCCUGAUUCGGAUGACACCCUACCUGGCGAUGACAGCGAAGAAUUCGGCCCGCGAUGA